CAUUUGUCGUCGUCGGGGCCGGGCUGAGAUUUUUUUUCCCCUUCCGCGACGGCGGUGGGAGCAUCCGAGUUGAUCGAGGGGGGCGGCCGGUGGGAGGAGGCAGAGAAACCGCAGCUGCCGCACCGCACUGCCUCUUUUGACAGGCGCGAGAGGACUGAAGCAAGCUCGCCGCUCAUGUCUACGGAUUCGCGUGAAGGUCUGGACCCCGUCAGGGUGGAGCAAGCAGACGUUCGGACCAGACCUUCUGACGUCACCCCCAUGGCGUCCAUCGCCGAAUACUACGCCGGCAAGAAUGUGCUCAUCACGGGGGCCACCGGUUUCAUGGGCAAGGUCCUGGUGGAGAAGCUGCUGCGGUGUUGUCCGGAGGUGCGGGCGCUCUUCCUGCUCGUGCGACCCAAAGCCGGUCAGUCCAUGCAGCAGCGGGUGGACGACAUGAUGAAAUGCAAGCUCUUCGAUCGCGUGCGUGAGAACGACCCGGAUUUCCAGCGAAAGAUCGUCCCCAUCAGCAGUGAGCUGACGCAGCCGGGCCUCGCCAUAUCACCCGAGGACGUCGACAAGCUGGCGGCCUGCGUCAAUAUCGUCUUCCACUGCGCCGCCACCAUUCGCUUCGACGAGCCGCUCAAGUACGCCGUGCAGCUGAACGUGAUCGCCACGCAGCAGCUCCUUGGCAUGGCGCAACGCAUGCGCCACCUGGAGGCCUUCAUCCACUUCUCAACCGCCUAUGCAAAUUGCAACCGCAAGCACAUCGACGAGGUCAUCUACCCGCCGCCCGUUGAGCCGCGCAAGCUCAUAGAGUCCCUCGAAUGGAUGGACGACAGCAUCGUGCAGGACAUCACGCCGCGUCUCAUCAACGGCCGUCCCAACACGUACACGUACACCAAAGCGCUGGGCGAGUACGUGGUGCAGCAGGAGCAGGACAAGCUCAACAUCUGCAUCAUCCGGCCGUCUAUCGUCGGGGCCAGCUGGCAGGAGCCCUUCCCGGGCUGGAUCGACAACUUCAACGGACCCAGCGGCGUCUUUAUCGCUGCCGGCAAAGGCCUCCUUCGCACCAUGAUGGCCAACAACGACGCUGUGGCCGACCUGAUCCCCGUGGAUGUGGUCAUCAACCUCACGCUGGCGGCGGGCUGGUACACAGCCGUGCACAAACCUAAAACGGCUCUGGUGUACAACUGCACGACUGGCGGUAUCAAUCCAUUCCACUGGGGUGAAAUAGAGCACCACGUGAUGUCGACCUUCAAGAGGAACCCGCUGGAGCAGGCCUUCCGUCGACCCAACGCUAACAUUACGUCCAACUAUCUCAUCUACCAGUACUGGAUUCUAGUUAGCCACAAGUUCCCCGCCUUGAUCUACGACCUGGUCCUGCGCUUGUCCGGCCAGAAGCCGCAAAUGAUGCGCAUCUUCAAUCGGCUCCACAAGGCCAUCAGCCUGCUGGAGUAUUUCAGCAGCCAAGAUUGGGAGUGGAACUCUGAUAACGUGAGCAUGUUGAUGAUGCAGAUGAGUCCAGAAGAUCGCAAGACGUUCAACUUUGACGUGCGACAGCUCCACUGGCCCGAGUACAUCGAGAACUACGUCAUCGGCACCAAGAAGUAUGUCCUGAACGAGGAUAUGUCUGACAUUCCCGUCGCCAGACAGCACUUGAGAAAAUUAAGGAACAUCCGCUACACCUUCAACACGGUGCUAGUGGUUUUCAUCUGGAGGGUCUUCAUCGCCCGGUCGCAGAUGGCGCGCAACAUCUGGUACUUUGUGGUCAGCCUGUGUUUCAAGUUCCUGUCCUACUUCCGCGCGUCCAGCACCCUGACCAACUAACCCUCGCCAGCAUCUACGGAACCCGUCCAUCCGCCCACAAAGUGUCAUUGAUUCUUCUGUUUUCCUCCUAAUAUAUGCAACAAUACGCCUUUUUCCCCGCUGCCGUCGCCACUCUGCAUACUUGCCUUCUGCUUCUGUUACUUGAAACUCGACGUCGAGUCGAGGGACUUUUCUUUUGCGGGACUUCCGAAUCUUGUUGGAUCUUUGCAGGUCUUCUAUAAUGUGUACCUACUGCCUUUUUGAAGAUCACACAAGGAAAAAUUGACUUUUUUUGUCAUCAUCCCAGAAAACUGACCCCUUGUCCAAGCCCCUCUUUGUACUGACAAUAAGUUUACUACUUUUUCAUCUUUGUACUCAAAGCUUAGCGCGGGUAGAAAUGAAAGUGGGGUUCAUUUAUUGAACCUGGCUUAUUCCAAGACUCCCUGUGAGAAAAGCACAUAGACUGCUAAAAAGUCUGAUCAUCUGCUUCCUUGACGGUGAUAGACGAACCAGAUUUGCUUUAAAAAUAAACAGUUUUUACAUUGGCCGCUCAGUAACUUUGGGAUAAUACUUAAAAUUCUGAAACUAGCACUGCUAGUAUUGACUGCUAGCAGUGCUAGGCCCCGCCCCAUAAAGAUGGAUUUGACGUCUAUCGCUUUCAAUAGCAGCCGAUGAGUUUGCGUUAAAGGGAAAUGAACAUCAUGUAUCGUGCUUGUGUUAGCAAAGCAAACGGGGGCUAAGUAUUCAUCCCUGAGGGACGCCAUAGUGAAGUUCUACAACUGCAGUAUUCGCUGCGGAGUUGCACUCUCAGAGAAAGUUUCCAUAUGAAUAAAAGGGAAUAAAACAAGCUGAGAAAACAUCCAUAAGGGACACCUUCCUGUUUUCAAACUUUACAGGACCAACUGCUCUUCUUUACGUUUCUCCUUUGUACGUGUUAAAUUGGAAGAUGUGUAAAUACUUAUUCUUAUAAACUACCAAAAAAUCAUUUGGGAGUUGUUGUAAACAUGUCUUACUGAACAGUGUUGUCGACUCAAAACGUCGAGUCGUUAGAAGCUGGUAGGGGCAAAAAAAGGGACAGAAGUAGAAAUUUAUGCAAAGUCUGUUUCUGUGUUGCGAUGUGAGCGCCUGCCUCAUUUCCCAAAGAGGAUCAAGAGCCAAAAUGUCGUGGGUGGAGGCGCGUCGCAGGCCAAAUCGUUGUUGCUGACCGCAAACAUGACCAAUGACUUCAUGGAACGCCAUUGAGAUGUCAUAUUCACUGUCUGUUGUUCCAUGCUGCAUUAAGUGUGAAAUAAACAAAGACGAGAGCACAAAAGACUCGUGGAUUUU